GAGGAAUAAUUACGGGUAGUGUAGGCGAAGAAUAGAGGUCUCGAACUCGCAACUAUUGUUGCAGUUCAACAACACCACCGCCUGGUUGUGUAGUACAUGCUCUCUUGUCAUCCCGUCAUCCUGCCUAAAUUCCCGCAAUCCCCGCAAUCCCCGCUCGUCUUGCGGCGGGCUAAGGCGGAGUAAAAAAACCUUAAGAGAUCGCCCGGUCCCCGGACUUUCCUCACUUUCCUCACUUUCGUCCCAGCUUGCUCCAUCCCUCUCUCCGCUCCUCUGCAUUCCCACGCCCCACCUGUGCAGGCCGCCAUUUGUCUUGGGCAUGGAGCGACCCCAAGAUGAUCAUGGGCGCGAAAGACCCGAGUCCAACACGUCUCUUGGUGACGACAAGGGAACCCCAGCGUGUCAGUCGUGUCGAAAACGGAAGCUGAAAUGCUCACGAGACAGCCCAUUGUGCGCGCAAUGUGCGAGACUAGGUUGUACGUGUCGGUAUGAUCACAAUAAGCAAAAACCCGGCAUCAAAAGUGGUGCGAUUGAGAGCUUAAAUCGAAGACUAGAGUUCUUAGAGAAACUCCUUCUCGAUGGUGGGGGGAUUCCAAAGGUUGGCCUAGUGCCUAGUGAUCAACCUGGCUGUGUCUACCAUGCAUCUUUAUUGCUUGCAAAGGAGUUAGAAGCCAAUGUCAAGAAUCCUGGAAGUGGCUUCACGUCUGGUGUAGACGUUUCUGAUGGUUCUUCCCACCGAAACUGCCUGCAAGAAACCGAAUUUGUAUUUGGCGGAGGAGAUCAAACUCCUUCAAGUACGCGGCCUUCAAAAAAACGCAAGGGAGAUCAUAAUCAAUGUGAACGUGACUUAUUAGAAAGAAACUGGAACAAUGCAGAGGAUAUACGCCCAUCUUUAUUGCCCUCAGUCAGGGUACUGAAUCUUGUUGUUGAUGUUUUUUACUCAACCAUUCAUCCUUGGAUACCCUUCAUUCAUCUGGACCGGUUUAGGGAACAAUUCAAUGACGCAGCGAGGCGUCCUGAUCUUGAGAUAAUAUUACAUGCUAUGGUAUUUGCAACAAUGAAGUAUCUCAAGGAAGCAGACACAAAUAUGGAGCAAUCUGAAAUCGCUAGUCAGGUCCAGAUGUCUCGGAACGUCGUGAUGCUUAUUGCCACAGACCGCAUGUCACUUCACAACAUUCAAGCUCUGAUUAUUGUGGCUUUUCAUGACAUUGGUUCAGGGAAUAUCUCCCGGGCUUGGCCUAUCAUAGGGUCAUUAACAAGAAUAGUAGAGUACCUACAGCUGACUGUUGAAGCCGACGAGACGCUGCACUAUUCUCUUUUGACACCACUUGUAUUACUUGACAAGCCUUUGGAUUGGACCGAGUCCGAGAAUAGGAGAAGAAUUUUUUGGAAUGUCUUCCUCCUAGACAGAUAUUGCUCCAUUACGACAGGCUGGAAUACGAGUUUCACGUCUGAUGAUGUUCGCCGGAGAUUGCCCUGCGAUGGUGGGCUAUGGCAACACAGAGAGGAAGCGGUAGUGACUCCAUUCUUCGGAAUAUGGAAUAAAUCGGCUGCGACGAUUGGAAAUUCCAUUGCAUACAUGCCAGUACAUUAUUCCAGUCCGGAUCAUCCAGUUGAUCACAGAAGCCCCAAUGGAAUUUCCGACUUUGGUCCUGUGGAUAGAUCGAAGUUGGGGGCAUUCGCCUAUCACAUCGAAGCAACAGAAUCUUUGAGUCAGGUUACAACAUUCUUCCUACAACAAAAAGUCGACUUUCGAAAUCGACAAGAGGCUGGAAGCUGGCUAACACGGUUCAAAGAGCUCGAUCUCCGGCUCGUGCACUGGAAAAUGUUUCUUCCUCAGAAAUGGAAGGACUCGAAUAUCUCCCGUGACAAGGCGUUCAUUAACAUGGACCCCAAUCUCACUCUUGCGCACAUCACACAUAAUACUUCGAUGAUUCUCCUCCACCAACACAUCGCAUAUCCUCCCCUAGAAUGGGCAGAGCUGAUCCGGCUUCCGAGCUCAUGUAGUGCAGGAACAUGCGAGUCUGCGGCAAUAGAGACAGCAUCCAUUAGCGAAAAGUAUCUCAAGUAUACAGACAUUGGGGUCGUAAGCAGCCAAUUCGCACUCUGUGCCUUUGUCGCCGCCCGAGUUCUCUUGGUUCAUUGGCAAUACUAUCAAACCGCCCUCCACCCCGAAUUCUUCGGCCUCCUUGCUAGCAUCGAAAAUAUGUCCGCGCGCUGGCGCGGCAUUUACCCUGAGGUCGACAUGGCCGGCCAAUACGUCCUCUACCUGCAAACCCUCCAUCGACAGUGUACCGACUCUCCCGACUUCCGUAUGGAUGCUAAUCUCAGCAAGCUCUUGCCUCCCAUGGUGCUGCAGAGCUCGCCGGGCUCCUCUGUGCCCUCGCCAUCAUUGGCUGAGGGUUUGGCGCCAAAAUACCGCUUUCAGAGACAGAACAACAGCGUACAGUCGCAAGCACAACCAGACUCCGCACAGCGGACUCAGAAUCCCCAAUCCCAAACUCAGCCUCAAUCCUCCUAUUACGCAAACCAGACAUUUUAUACCUCCUCUGAUAUGCAUGCCAUGUCCCCCGGUUCUGCCGCGCUAAAAGCCCAAUCCACUAGUCUCCCCUUUCAGGACCAACUACAAUUUCAAAGCCAACUACAAUCCCAGCCACAUGCAACCGACAACUUCUCCCCCUCUCCACAAUACCCCGCCGUAUCGGCGUACUUCUCCACUGCACCCCGGGCAUCUGCCUCCAAUCUUUCGCUCCUACACAACACCACAGCCUUAAACGAGAGGAUGCGCCACAGCGACAACUCAAACUCCAUCAUAGCCAUUCCAAAUGGCAUUAGUCUUGUUGUCGCCGACGACAACAAGAGCAUCGACGAACACGAAAUAGAUUCCUUGACCGAGAUGUCGAAAUUUCUGCAGGGACAGCAAUUUCUAGAGAUGGACCGUGUGAUUACGCUUGAGGAGACCGAUUUUACAGUUGAGAUGGACUUAGAGGCUUGGGGGGGUUCGUGACAGGGGCGGGAAGAAGGCACGUAAUUUUGAUAAUGGAUAGAAAGGGA